CAGCUCUGCGGGAUGUUUCGAAGUUGCCGGAUCUACAGACACUGAGGUCACAGAUCGCAGCCAUCGCCUCGGUCACGCCCCUCGAUUCCCUCUCUCUCAUUUCUAAUCCCCCAUGUAGCCUCCAGCAUUAAUGUCCCACUCUUAUCUAGACUUUCUCCCACCCCACUGUACACAUUUUCCCUUCUCAUCCCCUCGGGCCAUCUGCAAUGCUCAAGCGCUCGCCCUAGCCUCUGAUGAAACUGCCGUCGUCCUGGGCGAAGACAUUGCGUUCGGUGGAGUUUUCCGCGCAGCUGCCGGUCUUCGUGAGCAAUUUGGCGAAGAGAGAGUAUUCAACACACCACUCUGUGAGCAGGGCAUCGCAGGAUUCAGCAUUGGGCUCGCCGCAAUGGGUCACAGGGCCAUUGCCGAAAUCCAAUUCGCAGACUACCUCUUUCCAGCCUUUGACCAGAUCGUCAACGAGGCGGCCAAGCUUCGUUAUCGAAGUGGUUCCCAGACCAAUGCCGGUGGUCUGACAAUUCGCACUCCCUGUCAAGCAGUCGGACAUGGAGGACUCUACCACUCUCAGAGCAUCGAACAAUUCCUACUUCCUGUCCCUGGGUUGAAUGUAGUCAUGCCUCGAGGACCGAUCACAGCAAAGGGUCUGCUGCUAGCAGCGAUCCGCUCUCCAGAUCCGACGAUUGUGCUGGAGCCCAAGACGCUGUACCGUUCCUCUGUCGAAGAGGUGCCCACUGGGGAUUACUCGAUUGCCAUUGGCCGAGCUGAUGUGCUGCGCAAAGGAUCCGAUAUCACGCUGAUCUCAUGGGGCGCACCACUCUACACCUGCCUUGAAGCAAUGGACCUUCUCCGCAACCCACCCGAGAAACUGCAGCACCUUGUUCCUUCCUCGCUCAGGGAAGCCAGUGUAGAGCUAAUUGAUCUGCAGACCAUCUCUCCUUGGGACAGGAGGACAGUAGUGGAGAGUGUCAAGAAGACGGGUAGGUGCAUCAUUGUUAGCGAGGCGCCGGUGACGGGGAGCGUGUCCAGUGAAGUAGCGAGUGUGAUCCAGAAGGAAGCCUUCCUGAGGCUCGAGGCUCCUGUUCUCUGUCUGGGUGGCUGGGACACCCCUUUUCCUCACAUCGGCGAGACCUUCUACAAGCCGAACGCGGUGCGAAUCCUAGAAGGAAUUUUGGAGACGAUGCGAUUCUGAGAGGGCAGAGACUGAACACUGCAGGCAGUGUCGAUGAAUUCCGUGAUG